AUGGCCUCCACGCACCUCACGAGGUGGUACAUCGAUACCCGUCAGCUAACCGAGACUACCCAAAACCUCCCCCUUCUCAACACAUUACAAGAAUCCGACCAGACAUCCAUCAAGAAAUAUCUCCGCCUGCCAGAUCGACACAUGUCGCUAGCCUCGUCUCUGCUCAAAUACUUGUAUAUACAUCAAACAUGCCGCAUCCCUUGGAGUGAGGUCACUAUCAGCAGAACACCAAAACCGCAUCAGAGGCCAUGCUUUAUCCCGUCGGGGAACGAGAGUCGGCCCGCCACAGAAAUCCCGGCGGUGGAGUUUAAUGUUACCCAUCAAGCUUCCUUUGUUGCGUUGGCCGGGUGUGUAGUCCCUUCAAAAGAAGUGAAGGAGGCAGCCGCGACUCAAACAGCAGUCUUUUCCGCGCCAGAACCAUCAUCAGCGCCCCUUCCCUCAGUACCACAGGUCGGAAUUGACGUUACCUGCGUCAACGAACCCGGUCGUCGGCGCGACAAUGCUCCCAAAACCCUCAAAGACGUCAUAGACUUCAUCGACAUCUUCAAAGAGGUCUUUUCUCAAAAGGAGCUAGACACCAUGAAACAAGCUGCUGUCCCAUCAUCAUCUCAACCAUUGGCGGAGGUCAUAAAAUCCGCUAUGCGGCUGUUCUAUGCUUACUGGGCGCUAAAAGAGGCAUAUAUCAAGAUGACCGGUGAAGCUCUCCUAGCACCCUGGCUGCGAGAGUUGGAAUUUACGAAUGUUCAUGCGCCGUCGCCAGUGGCAGAUGUUGAGACUGACAAGUGGAGCGAUCCGUAUACUGGUGUUCAGACGUGGUUGUAUGGAAAGAGAGUGGAGGAUGUUAGGGUUGAGUUGGUGGCGUUUGAGGCUGAUUAUCUUGUAGCGACGGCGGCCAGGGGGGCAAAUCUCGGCGAGGCUGUGACUGGAUUGGAGAUUGAUCCGUGGAAGGAUUUGGUCCGUGUUGAUAUUGAGAGGGAUGUGAGGCCGUGUGCGAUGGGGACGUGUCAGUGUUUGGUUUAG